AUGACGGACCUGCCCACUCCAAAACCUGACUUGGUACCCGCAACGAAGAAGACGACGACUUUCCUCGAUCUCCCCGGCGAAGUACGCACAGAGGUUUACGAGCUCUGCGUUGACGACCACCUCAAAAGACCUUUUGCCCUCACGGCCAUCCACAAUGUCACUUCGAUUCUGCCAGGAAAGAUCCACCUCCCGGACAUCUGCCGCGUAAACCGUUCCAUCCGCGCCGAAGCACUCACCGUCUUCUUCGCGCGCGCCCGCUGGGCUGUCAACGGCGGCAUCCCCACAGUCAUCGGUGCCGAGAGCAUUCUCAACGGCCUCAAUGUGUAUGGAAUGGGCGUCGGCCUCGGAUAUGGCUCACUCAAGAACAUCGGAGUCCCUGACCACGAUUUGUUGGUCCCGCCUGGUGGCGGCCGUCCGUUCGACUGGGUCUGCAACCAGAGGUUCUUCCCUGACGAUGUGGCGAUGGGCACGUGGGAGAGCUGGUGCAAGGCCGUGGAGGGCAUGGGCAAAGAGGCGGAGAAUGCUGUCAGCAAGCUGCGCGUCCGCACGUACGCCCACAGGAUGUGCCGGCCUUACGUGCAUGGCAUGGGUGGUUUGUGGAACGAGUUCGGCUUGCUGGACUGGGAUAUCGACCUGAUCGAGAGCAACAAGAGGCAAGAAGCGCUGCUCCGGGGAAUUCUCACCAAGUCGAUGGUCCGGGUGGUUGCGGAUGCCGAAGUUUUCCUGGAGGAGCUGGUCGCCCCUCUCAGGGAGAAGAGGGUCCAAGGCCUCUUGCGGAUCAGGGACGUCAAGAUGAUGGUUGAGGAGUUCACCGAACAUGUGAUGGACAUGGGCUUGAGUGAGGAGACCAAGUUUCUCAAGAAAAUCACCUUCUAA